UCGAUUCAAAGCUCAGCACCUAGGCUUCAGCCUCACAAGCAAGCGGAUGGGCUGGCUCCCUCCAUCUGACGCACCCCGACCCUCCUCCCCGACACCGCCCCAUCUCCUCUCCCUCGAUCCGCUGCCCUGAAGUCGUGCAUGUCUCCGCCGGAGCUUUCAGUCAACCCCUCCAGCCAGUCUGUCCCCGACGAGACGCUGUCCAGCAAGCCCCAUGGCGAGGUGACAGCUCCCACGGACCCCUCUGCGGGGGAAGUCGAUAUGACGGAACAAGAUGCCCAUGGCUCAACAGCCCUGCCCGCUCAGGCGGGAGGCGGACCGGAGCCUGGAGAUUUGAUCGACUUGCAGGUCCAGGCUUCCAGUGCAUCGCCACAGCACGAGACCUCCGACAAGCCGCUCUCGGCGGCGUCCAAGGGAAAGCAAGCGGCCGAACCCCAGGAAACUGGAAGCGAUGCAACCGAGACCCUGUCGUCAUCCAUGGCCACACUUAAGCCCAUGGCCCUCUCUUCCUCGAACGAUGCCAACACGCAGUACCUCACCGCCGAACCGUCCACUUAUGUCGACCCCACGCCUGCUACCCCAACAACUUCACAGCCCCCUUCACGAACUCCUUCAAAUGCCGCACGUUCGCCCCAUUCCGGAGACGUCUCCCCGUUCAAGUCGGACGCCGAGUACGAAGACAAACGAUAUACGAGCGAGGAUGAACAGGAACGCGGGUCACGAUCUGAGAUCCAGAGCAUCAUGGAGCAGUUUAGUGAGCUAGGCGGCGGGCCAGAUGCUGAAGAAGUCAUGAGCCCUAGGUUGGAGAUCGCAUCGCCCAUGUUGGGCAACCCUGUUCAACACCCACCUCGCAAAUCGAGCUUGGAGCCGCUGGCAGCACCCACGAUUUCUGGUACUAUACAGCAACUUCAAGGCCUACACAUCAACACGGCCUCCCCUCCGAGUACCGGCAUCAUGCAGGCCACCCGCGAGGACCAAGGUCCCCCAGUUCCCCCGAAAGAUGGUGUGCAUGGCACGCCUCCGCGUCCAAAGCAAGACCGAUCUGGGAGUAUUGAUCCAACCUCGCCCGUCCAGAGUUAUCGACCUCCCCCUCCGGAACCCGAACCGGAGCCAUCUCAGCCUUUCGACUUCCACCGCUUUCUAGAACAGUUGCGGAACAAGAAGGCAGACCCCGUGGCACGAUACCUCAAGUCCUUUUUAUUCGAGUUUGGCAAACGUCAAUGGAUGGUUCAUGAGCAGGUCAAGAUCAUUGGCGACUUUCUUGCUUUCAUCGCUAACAAGAUGGCGCAAUGCGAAGUUUGGAGGGAGGUCUCUGAUGCUGAAUUCGACAACGCACGUGAGGGUAUGGAGAAGUUGGUCAUGAACAGGUUAUACACCCAAACCUUCUCCCCGGCCAUUAUGCCGCCGAAGCCCAUUCCCGGUGCCAAACCAAAGCGGAAAGGAGGGGAUGCCCCGAUGGGCCCAGGACGACGCGGCCAGCAUCAAGAAGAUGUCGAGCGCGAUGAUAUUGUCACACAGAAGAUCAACAUCUACGGAUGGGUGAGGGAAGACCAUCUGGAUAUUCCAGCAGUCGGCGAUAGUGGACGGCGGUUCCUUAAAUUGGCACAACAAGAACUUCUUAAAAUCAAAUCUUACAGGGCUCCCCGUGACAAGAUAAUAUGUGUCCUUAACUGCUGCAAAGUGAUUUUUGGCCUCUUGAAGCACAACAAGUCGGAUUCCUCGGCCGACUCCUUUAUGCCCCUACUCAUAUAUGUCGUUUUGCAAUCAAACCCCGAACACCUAGUGUCUAAUGUGCAAUACAUCUUGCGAUUCAGGAACCAGGAGAAGCUUGGUGGCGAAGCUGGCUACUAUCUGUCAUCGCUUAUGGGAGCCAUUCAGUUUAUCGAGAACAUGGACCGCACCACGCUGACUAUCACUGACGAUGAGUUUGAGCAUAAUGUUGAGGCAGCCGUCUCAGCCAUUGCAGAGAAGCACCAGGCUAUGUCCCCGACGGUCCCUCAGCAACCAAUCUUUAAUGAAAAGGUUUCCUAUCAUAAUCCCGGAGAGUCCUCUCUGCGCACCUCCCUCGAUGGACAGGAGGGUCGGAGGUCGACAUCAAAUGACGGGUAUUCUGGCGAAGACAAGGCGGCAAUCAGCGGCCUUUUAAAGUCGAUCCAGAGACCAUUGUCGACUAUCGGCCGGAUCUUCGCCGAGGAGCCAGGUACAUCAACGCCUCCCGGUCCUAGCAGCGCACCUCGCACUCCAGCACCACCAGAACAUCUCUCGCCUCGCCAUAGUCAAGACGAGGCCCGCGAUGUAAAACGCCCGUCCUCUGGACACAGUCUGUCAGCAGAGGAGGCAGCAGCGCGUCAGGCCAGCGCAGAAGUAGCAGAGGCCCAGAGGCUGCACCGCGCAGAGCAUGCCAAUGUAGUGGAGACUCUAGCUGGGAUGUUCCCCGACCUUGAUAAGGAUAUCAUCAGCGAUGUGGUGUAUCAAAAAGAGGGAAGGGUUGGUCUGGCGGUCGAUGCAUGCCUUGCGUUGUCUACAUAGCGCAUCCGAGGAUGACAUGAAUACCAUAUCCAUUUUGCCUCUUCCUUUGUCUUCGUGUGAUCUUUGAAACGAUAUUGAACGAGUGAUAAAGUUGUAAGGCGUAGCAGGGAGAGUGAAGGCCAACAUUUGUUCAUGAGACUAUGUUGAAGCCUAUGGGUAAUUUGUACAUUCGCGGAAGAAAAUCAUCUGAAUAUAUUCAGUACCGUUCCCAUGUUCAAGAGCGAUGACUCAGCCCAACCGGACUGAAACUGAAGUAG